AAGGUCAGAUUUGGGCCAACAAUGGCCAACGCGUGACGUCAGCAAAGAAACGGCCUUGAUAAACGGGAAUCGCUCUGAACACGAGUCACGUUUGUGAAUGAGGGUGUUUUGCAUGAAGACUGGCAAAUAGUUACUAUAUAGUUCUGUGGUUUCACAGUGAGACCGGAAACACGUUUGGCGGACAGGAAAAGUGUACCCAUAAGAGUGAAUUUUGUUUGUGCAGAUUUUCCAGAGAUAUUGCAACACGACUUGGCUCAAAGCUGUGUGAACUUCCUUCCCGAUGUGUUGACCAUACCUCCGCGUACUGGACGGUAGCUACUGGACUACUCCAUUUUCAAGGAUUGACAUUCGUCCGGUUUUAGAGUAGCGCACACCGCACCCAACUGACAACCUGCAUUUCACAGUGAACACUAUUCACGAACGCACUGGAUUACAAUUGACUGGAGAGCUACUAGGGUUCACGAUUGAGUGCACCAGACUUUCUGCGUCAGCUGUAAAAGUUUCUGGGUGUUUGUUUUUUGGAGGAUGGCCCAUUCACUUUAUGCAAUUAUAGUAGUGUUUUCAUUCAUCGGUUUAGUGAGUGUGCAAGGGACUUGCUCUCCUCGCUGGUGUUUGAAUGGCGGGACAUGUGACGAUGAUCCACUCAGCUGUGUGUGUCCGGACGGCUUCGCUGGGUUCUACUGCGAAAUAACACUAACCGGCGAGGAAAGGUGCGAGCCGUCAAUGUGUAUGAAUGGUGGAGUCUGCCCGGGCAUAGCAGAAGAUGUCGUCUGUGCAUGCCUCGAUGGAUUCACAGGGUAUUUCUGCGAAACAGAUGUGUGCGAAGUAGACGCGGAUUGUAAUGGCGGAGAAUGCAUGAAUUACUCAUCAACGUCAUCGGCUCUGGACUCUGAAUGCGUGUUAUGCCCGGAUGGGUUCGCUGGUCCACUAUGCCAAACUCCUUUUGGCGAAUUAUGUGGGCAGGUGGAUGGACUCUGCCUCAACGGGGGCACAUGUAUGCCUCGGAUGGGGCCAAAUCAGGGCUUCAUGUGUGAGUGCCCGGACAACUACGUAGGACCUCUCUGCGAAUUAUACGAUAUAUGCUCAGGCGUUAAUACUUGUCGUAAUGGCGGUACGUGUAGGGCCGGGACCUGUGACUGUGUCAACCCAUACGUCGGAGUUCUGUGCGAAAGAGUUUGUUCGCUUGCAUCUCCGUGUAUGAACGGGGGAACCUGCUCGGCUGCGGGUGCAUGUAUGUGCCCAGAUGGCUUCAGCGGGACCAAGUGUGCAUUGGAGCCUUGCACAGCAAACAUGGAUUGUUUGAACGGAGGCACUUGUAAUGCAGAUGGAACUUGCGAGUGCGUAGCCAACCAUGAAGGGCCCAAUUGCGAGAUUGCCUGUGCGACUGACAGCGACUGCCAGAAUGGUGGACAUUGCGAAGCAUCUGGAGUGUGUGAGUGCGUCAACAGUUAUACGGGCUCCAGGUGCCAAAACGGUCCUGCAUCAAACGUGACUAUAAUUGUCGCCGUUGUUGCCGUCGUAGUAAUCCUACUGCUCAUAAUCGUCAUUGUUCUUCUGCUGUUGAGGAGGCGUCUUGCCAUGAAGAGGCUCCGCAGAAACAGAGUGAACGGGGAACUGGAACUGGGCGGCCGUAAUGUGAGGGGGAGUAACUCCUACGUCGGUGUUAAUGACGGGGACAGACCCCCGGUGGCCAGACGACCCAACGAGCUGAAUUACGAACCGGGAAGUAAGCCCAAAGAGUUUCCGAGGGAGUGGCUCCACGUGAUGGAACAGCUGGGAGCAGGCUCGUUCGCGACUGUCCACAGGGCCGAAGCCGAUGGAAUCAUCAAGAAGGGAUGCAUGACAACAGUUGCCGUUAAGAUGCUCAAAACCACGGCGUCGGAAGGAGACAAGAGUGACUUUGAGAAGGAGAGGAGUAUGUACCUGACCUUGGGCAGUCAUCCCAACGUGGUCACAAUGCUGGGCUUCUGCACAGAGAAAGAACCGUUCUACCUGAUCAUGGAGUAUCUAUCAAACGGCAACCUGCAGACCUACCUUCGGCACAUACGGACUGGGUCCAAGGAGCAGUACUUCGCCCUCAAGGAACUCCGGGAAGAGAAGAGGAAUUUUCUCCUUCCCGACGAGAUCUUGUCCUUCGCCAUCCAGAUCGCUGAUGGAAUGGAGUUUCUGGCCUCCAAAUCGUGUAUUCAUCGUGACCUCGCCACGCGCAACAUUCUCCUUGGUGAUGACCUGGUUGCCAAGGUGUCUGAUUUCGGACUCGCCCGGGACAUUCAGGACUCGAGCCAGUAUGAGAUGAAGUCACAUGGCCGGGUACCAGUCCGGUGGAUGGCGCCCGAGUCGCUGCUGGACAACAUCUACACCAGCAAGAGUGACGUCUGGGGGUUUGCUGUGUUGCUAUGGGAACUGGUGACUUUGGGUUCCCAUCCCUACCCGGGCAUGUCAUCGAAGAAGGUGAUUGACGAAAUAAGUGCCGGAUACCGUCUGCCUAAACCAGAAAGCUGCAGCGAAGAAAUAUAUGACAUGAUGAAGCGGUGCUGGAACAAAGAUCCAGCGGACAGACCAACCUUCACUGAAAUAUGUAAAUUACUAAACAACAUGCUAGCAGACGCUAGUGGCUACCUCGUCAUGUCGGAUCUAAACAGGGACGACUACUUAUAUCUUGAGCCUAAUCAGACUAAGAGUGUCAACACGGCUGAUGACUACUGAAAGCAUUGAAUGUACAUGUAUAUAUUUGUCAACAUAAAAA